AUGGGCGCUAUUUGUACAGUGGAGCAGGCCGACGAGAAGGGAUCAAUGGUCUUCACGCCAAGCUGCAAAGCCAAUGACUGCAAAGCCGAAGAGGCUUCCACUCCGUACCCGGAGCUGUAUGAAUGGAAGGAGGACCGUGGCACUGGCCCUUCGGCACCCAGACUGGAGGAUCACUGCGACAGCCUUGCAGCCUUGCAGAAGCGGCAUGCGCCGAUGACGCAUGCCGCGACGCUCCAUCCGCUGUCGAAGACGAAACCUUGGGACAAGGAGAAGACGAUGUCCACCAAGCAUUCCAUGCCUUCCUCCGAGUACAUGGGCCCCAUCGACAGCGGUAUCUCCAACAUGUAA